AACUGGCCAAGCUGGGAGGAAAGAAGAAAGGGAGGGGAGGGGAGAAUCGAGGACGGCAGGCCUAGCCAGGCCAAGAAUGCAAUUGCCCCGGUGGUGGGAGCCGGGAGACCCUUGUGCUUGGACGGGACAGGGUCGGGGGACACGCAGGAUGAGCCCCGCGACCACUGGCACCUUCUUGCUGACAGCAUUUUUAUUAAGCUGUGCUGAUGGCAUAAAUGGAACAGUUAACUGGAAGACCAAACAGGCCAACAGUUUUAUUAUCAGCAGAAAAAUGACUGCUGGGAAGAAAGAUGUGUACACUAUUUUCUCGAAAGUGCACUCUGAUCGGAAUGUGUACCCAUCUGCAGGUGUCCUCUUUGUUCAUGUUUUGGAAAGAGAAUAUUUUAAGGGGGAAUUUCCGCCUUACCCAAAACCUGGUGAAAUUAGUAAUGAUCCCAUAACAUUUAACACAAAUUUAAUGGGUUACCCAGACCGACCUGGAUGGCUUCGAUAUAUCCAAAGGACACCAUAUAGUGAUGGAGUCCUGUAUGGGUCUCCAACAGCUGAAAAUGUGGGGAAACCAACAAUCAUUGAGAUAACUGCCUACAAUAGGCGUACCUUUGAGACUGCAAGGCAUAAUUUGAUAAUUAAUAUAAUGUCAGCGGAAGACUUCCCGUUACCGUAUCAAGCAGAAUUCUUCAUUAAGAAUAUGAAUGUAGAAGAAAUGUUGGCCAGCGAGGUUCUUGGAGACUUUCUCGGGGCCGUGAAAAACGUGUGGCAGCCAGAGCGUCUGAACGCCAUAAACAUCACGUCGGCCCUAGACAGGGGCGGCAGGGUUCCGCUUCCGAUUAAUGACAUGAAGGAGGGCGUUUACGUCAUGGUUGGUGCUGAUGUCCCAUUUUCGUCUUGUUUACGAGAAGUUGAAAAUCCUCAGAAUCAAUUGAGAUGCAGUCAAGAAAUGGAACCUGUAAUAACAUGUGAUAAAAAAUUUCGUACUCAAUUUUACAUUGACUGGUGCAAAAUUUCAUUGGUUGAUAAAACAAAGCAAGUGUCCACCUAUCAGGAAGUGAUUCGUGGAGAGGGGAUUUUGCCUGAUGGUGGAGAGUACAAACCCCCUUCUGAUUCUUUGAAAAGCAGAGACUAUUACACGGAUUUCCUAAUUACACUGGCUGUGCCCUCGGCAGUAGCAUUGGUCCUUUUUCUAAUACUUGCUUAUAUUAUGUGCUGCCGACGGGAAGGAGUGGAAAAGAGAAACAUGCAAACACCAGACAUCCAACUGGUCCAUCAUAGUGCUAUUCAGAAAUCUACCAAAGAACUUCGUGACAUGUCCAAGAAUAGAGAGAUAGCGUGGCCCCUGUCAACGCUUCCUGUGUUUCACCCUGUGACGGGGGAACUCAUCCGUCCCCUCCACGCAGACAGUUAUGAAAGCACUAAUAUGCCUUUGAUGCAAACGCAGCAGAACUUGCCACAUCAGACUCAGAUUCCCCAACAGCAGACUACAGGAGAUUUUCGUUUGACAACUUUUCAAAGAUUUGAGGCAAGUAUAAUGAAGUUAUUCAUCAGAUUUUAAUUACGAGAUAACAUUUAUCAGAAUUUUCCCCCACAGUUUUGAUUACUUGUUUUAAUUAAAUGCUAACAUGUUUCAACCAGACUGUUCAAUAUAUUGAUGCAGUGGUGCUACUGUGUAAGCAUUCAGGAGAUUGAUGAAGGAACCAACUUUAUUAUGAAUAUGCGUUACCUAAAGAGCAAAGAAAUAAAUGAAUCCUGCUGCCACUAAUUUCAUGGCUUUUUUUUUAAAGGAAAAAUUUUUAAAGAAUAUUUCUACAGUGGAAAUGUUAGAACUUUGUCUUCAUUAACCUCAUAAACUUCCAUCUCUCCUAAGAUGUCUUUCCUCUGAUCUUUAAUUAUGUCAGGCAAAGAGUGAGUAGAAGGGAGACUAUUUCAUUUCUAGCAAAAUAAUAAAUUCUUUUGAGUAUUUUAAAAAUCCAGGUUUUACAUAUUCUGCCAUUAGGGCAAAUAAGGAAAUCUAAGUAUAUGGUAUUAGGGAGAUUACUUGAUAGUUGUAUAGAGUUUUAGCAAGUAGACUUGUUAGCGUGCUACAUUUUAGUAAUAGGCAGCAUUUUCCAAAUACAGGGACAAUUUCUGCCUGAGCAAAUGUGAUAAGAGCCAAAGAAUUUCCCCUGGGGGAUUUUAGGCUGUUCAACCUAAUUUUCUAAAUUAUUUUUCUAAAACAGGUUUUGGGGAGCAGGCAUUUUGCGUGAGUCAAGAAAGCUUUGAUCUCCUUUUUAGUUAACACUGUAGCCCAUUACCUUCUUGUUUUCUUAUAUUUUUCUGUAAUUUGGAGCAUAUUAUGGACUAAAGAGCACUAUCUCCUCUUGGUUGUUUUCUUCUUCUUGUUGUUUUUGGUGAGUCCCCAGAGUAUGUGAGUGCUAAAGGGAGAGAGACUACCCUAGCAUUUUUAUAAUUAUGAUGGAUUGUUGUGUUUCUGCUCUGAUUAGAGUCAUGCCUCCUGGAGAGAGGAGCUAAAUGGGCAGGUUACAUUUCUUCUUCCGAUUCUAUUCAUUUGAAUGAAAAAAUAAAGUUUGUUUCUUCAUUUCUAAGUAUUCUGUUCCGUCUGCACAUGCAUGGAUUCAGUGCUGUUUAUGUAUUUUCGUGGGUACACCAGCUUUUCUGUUCCUCCAUCCUGGUUAUUUUAGUACCACAAAGAGGCAACAACAUUUGUGCAUGAUUACCGGGAAAUAAUAAUUUGGUUUUUCCAAGAACCUCAGAGCACUAUGCUAGUGUCACAGUUUUCUUUAUGAAGGUAACAUAAGCACCAAUUUGUCUCUUGGAUACCAAGUGAUUUAGUUGUGGCUACCUAUAUGGAAUUUGUCAGGGGAGAGUAUAUUUUGAAGUUUGGUUUAUUUAGUUAGUUGUUUUAAAUGAUCAUCAGAAGUUGAAGAAAUGAACUAGCUGCUGGUGGUGUAAUCCUGGCCUUAAGCACUAGCUGGGAUAAUGGAGCAGUUGAAAGCUGUCAGUAGCCCUACCCUUUGGACCAGCCCCACGCCAUUGAUUUUGAUGCCCCUUCAGGUUUUCCCGUUUUCCCUGCCCUUCCAACCUACCUGGUAUCUUCUAAAAAGCCGUGAUUAAAAGGUAGAGUCAUACAUCGUCCAGUCACCCUCGUUCUGUUUUGUUUAUUGUGGGAGGAAUUUUCAGGCCAUACCUUUGGAGAAAUAGAAAACACCCUAGCUUUGGCCGAAGAAGGAGGGGACAGAUUUAGAAAAUUUUCUUAAAACCAAAUGCAGAGAAAUAAGACAGCAUAAUUAUUUUAAAUUAUGUUAUGAUGGAAAAUUACUGGUUUGGUCAAAUUUUCGUUUUGCUCAAAAUCUGUAAGUGUCUAUGCCCUGACUAACUCAUGCCCAUAUUCAUUCUUCCACA